AAAAAGGGGGCGCAACAAAAAACCUUCGGGCUUCGGCAAUUCAUCCAAAAUUCGCAGGUUGCGUCGAGCACUCGAGCCGUUCAUUCAUCGCUCAUCGGCCAUCGCAAUUCGCAGCAGGCCAGCAGUCCAGGUCUCCGGGCGACGGGCUGACGGCCGUCCAGCAGUCCAGGCGUCCAGCUGCAGAACAACACCUCCGCAGGCGUCCAGUCCAGUCCCUUCAGGCCUUCACUCCCUUCAGACUUCAGUCCACUCCUUUGGCCUUUGCAGUUUGCAGCUGUGCAAGAGAUCCCUUGGAGGUGACAGAAUCUAUAUCAAGGAACUUGCUCGCGAAGGACAUUUGUGCUUCUGCAGAGAUUACAUUUGGCUGCUGUGUUCCGAACACUGUCUGAUUUUGAUUGGGUCGAGAGGACUGAUUAGCCAUGGGAGAAAGAAAGGUCUUGAACAAGUACUACCCGCCGGAUUUUGAUCCGGCGAAGAUUCCACGCCGUAGGCAGCCGAAGAAUCAGCAGAUGAAGGUCCGGAUGAUGCUCCCAAUGAGUGUUAGGUGUAGUACUUGUGGAAAUUACAUCUACAAGGGCACCAAAUUCAACUCACGCAAAGAAGACGCCGUGGGUGAGACCUAUUUGGGUAUACAAAUAUUCAGGUUCUACUUCAAGUGCACAAAGUGUUCUGCAGAGAUUGCAUACAAGACAGAUCCAAAAAAUUCCGAUUAUGUUGUUGAGUCAGGUGCAACCAGGAACUUUGAACCUUGGCGAGACCAAGAUGAGGUUUUGGAUAAAGAGAAACAGAAAAGGGAGGCUGAAGAAAUGGGUGAUGCUAUGAAGUCUUUGGAAAAUAGGACCCUGGAUUCAAAAAGAGAAAUGGAUAUUCUUGCAGCUUUGGAUGAAAUGAAGUCCAUGAAGUCGAGGCAUGCAACUGUGAGUGUGGAUGCAAUGCUUGAGGCUCUAAGAGACUCUACCGAGGAAAAGUGGCAGGAAAGAAAAACGGAGGAAGAAGAGGAAGCUCUAAUCAAAUACUUAUUCAAAGGAGAGAGAGAGAAGUUCAUAAAACGAAUCCAUGAUGAAGAUAUCGAAGAUGAGGAUGAAGAUGAUGAGGAUAUAGAUGUAGUUGAACAUAAAGGUGGAGAAUCAUCAAUCAAUUUUCUUAAGAGAAAGCAGCCUGAAGAAAUAACCAGUAAUCCUACAGAUGUCUUUGCAAAAUCCAAUGCCACUGACGGAAAAGAUAAAGCAGUGAGAAAGGGGGAUUCAGGUAACGAGACAAUUAUUUUCAAAUCAUCAUCCGUUAAAGUGGCUAUUGUGAAGAAGAAGCAGCAGCCAAGUGAGCCAACAAGCCUGAAAAGCAAUGCAUUAGCAUCAUUGUGUCAAGAAUAUGAAAGUGAUGAGGACGAUUAGUUGGUCAUCUGCAUUCCUUUCUCAAGGACAAAAAUAUAUUUAAGCCAAAAUGUAAUAGAUCUGAAAUUAAAAACGAACCAGGAAUACCAGGUUAUGAAUAGAUAUAUAUAUCUCGGUUUAAAAUAUUUUUCUUUGGCAAACAAGAAACAUAAUGUAAUCCCUUUGUUUAAAUUCUAACUUGUGUACUUUAAAUGUG